AUGUUGUUAACCAAUCAAACUGAGAACUUGGAAUUUCAAUUUCUUGGAUUUUCUUUUCUUGUGACAUCACCAAUUUUUUCAUUUUUAUUUUUUUUGGUUAUUUAUAUUUUCAAUAUAUCUGGAAACACUGUAAUUAUUAUUAUAACCAGACUAGAUGCUUAUCUUCAAAAGCCUAUGUACUUUUUCCUUGGCAAUCUUUCAUUGGUUGACAUUUCAUUCACUACAACCACUUUACCAAAACUAUUAAACACAAUUCUUGCCCAAGAAAAGACGAUUUCCUUUGUUGGUUGCAUAAUGCAGAUGUAUUUUUUCCUAGCAGUUGGAGUCACGGAAUCCUUUCUUCUUGCAGUAAUGUCAUAUGACCGCUAUGUUGCCAUCUGCAAUCCUUUAAGAUACACUAUGGUUAUGAAGCAAGAAGCAUGUACAUUCAUGGUCUUAGGGUGUUGGAUGAUUGGCCUCCUCAGUGUUCUUCCUCCAGUUGUUAUCAUCUCCAAGCUGCCUUUUUGCCAAUCUCAUGUUAUUAAUCAUUUCUUUUGUGACAUUUCUCCUGUAAUUCAGCUGUCCUGCAGUGACGUUCACAAUCUUGAAAUGUUCAUUUUCUUUACUGCAGCCAUGGUCAUACUGGGGACAUUUUCGGUUAUUGUGAUAUCCUAUGUACACAUACUGCGGAGCAUUCUAUCUAUCACAACUCAGACUGGUAAGAAGAAAGCUUUUUCUACGUGUGCUUCACAUCUAACGUCUGUUCUUAUUUAUUUUGGAACUAUUAUUUUUAUGUAUAUCAGACCGAAGUCCAAAAGUAAUUUGGAUUUAGAUAAGACAACGUCAGUGUUUUAUUCCAUAGUAACACCCACAUUAAACCCCUUGAUUUACAGUUUCAGGAACAAUGAAAUGAAAAGUGCUUUAAGAAGGACAGUUCUAAAACAGAUUAUUGUCCAAAAGUUUUAA